AUGGAGUUAGAGGUGGAGCCAGAGAACGAACUGUCAGCCUUCUUUGGGUCAUCAGACACCAGCCUCGGCCUAGACUGUCUUGAAGAAGAGACAUGUACAUGCGCUAAACUAAAACACAUUAUAAGUAUACCCCAAAUAGUCAGCUCCGAAAAGCUAAUUUACGAGCCAGAAGAGGUCUCUUUUCUUCCAGAGAUAAAGAUAGCCAUUACGUCUUUAGAUAAGAACCAAGUAAUUUUCCUUUGUGAUACGAUUGGAUCUGUUUGUGAACAACUCCGGUGUCGAAUAUACCUCAAUCCCGAUAGUAUUGAGAAGUGUACCCAUCUUUUAGCCGGAACUAACAAAGACAUGCUUACUCCCCGCACCGAAAAGUACAUCAAUGCUCUCAUCAAGCGCAAAUCAAUUGUCUCCUUUUUGUGGUACAUCGAGCUCUUUGAAAUAGCCAAGGGUUUAUCUGAGCCCUCUCCAGCCAACACAACACUAAGCAGCUAUAUUAAGAAACUCACGGACAAACACAUAGUUGGCGGCGACCAGUUGUACGGCCUAUCACCCGCGCCAAGACUUGCCCAUUCCUUCAGCACCACGCGACAAUUCUUCCGGUCCAUUAACAUAUCAGCCGCCCCCGGCAUUCUUACCCAAAAGGAGAUAGACUUGCUUAUCGAAAAUGGCGGUCUUCUCAACAAUAUCAAGACCAAACGCACAACAGUAGCUAUCCACCACCGCCAGGCCUUCUACAACCUCAUCUCAUCCGGAUCCGCCGAUUACACUAAACCCUUCGAACUUCCCAACCAACAACAUUCCCUUAAGUUCAUCUUCUUCAAUGACCUCUAA